AUGUCUCCUACAGCCUAUGAUACCUGGCUAGUCGGUCUCAGAGAAGAUAAUGAGAGCAUGCCCAGCAUUGACGAACAACAAGCUUUCCUAGAUUUUCUCAAUCAAAAAACAACAGCAGAGGAAGCCGCAUUGGCUUAUACACAUGGGGUGACCAACGCGAAGUACCAAGACCCAGAUAGCCUGUGGCUCUUGCUCUGGCAAGCGGCCCAAGAAUGGCCGGAAACUCACCAAUGUCUUGUCGAAUUGCUUAAAGCCAUCUCGCAUCUGCCGCCUAUCACACGGGAAGGCAAAGUUGGCGAGAACCCCGAAUUGGAUUAUUGGAGCGGACUGCCAGAAUUCGAGUUUGGGCUGAGAGAGUAUUGGGAUGGACAAGCAACUCGCGUCAUCUACAAUGCGGAACCCGACAUACACUCUGGUUUCAUCAAUCUCACCUCGUUCAACGCCCGCCUUUUCCGCGACGAGGUCUUUCAGCUGGAGACCUGGGCCAUAAUGACACUGAGCAUUGCUCUCGAGAAGGAUUACGAAAGCCAAUCGCAUCUGCUUGACACAUUCAUCCCGGCAGCUGCUCAGUAUAUCCUGCAAACCGGCCCGGCUGUGUAUAAAUGCGACAAGGAAAUCAUCUUUGCUGGUCCGUUAUUAGAAAAGGCAAGAGAGAAGGGCCCAGUUGAGCGAUGGGGGUUCUGGAAGGAGAGGUUUGCGUCAGUGCAGAAUCGAGAGCAUCUGAAGGACAGCACUCGAGCUAUGGGGAAGGAGGUGGCAGAUCGUAUGCAGAAGAUUGAAAAGGACUCUCAUUAG